AUGGAAAAAUCUAAAAAAAGAGCUCCCAAUUUCAAUGAUCAGGAAAGAAAAUUCCUUUUAGCACUCGUAAAGAAAUAUAAACAUGUUAUUGAAGCCAAAGGCUCUUCAACUAGUGACAUCCACAAAAAGAAUGUUGUAUGGGCAGCUAUAUGCAAAGAAUAUAAUAGCUUAUGUACCACAGGACCUCGAAGUACUGCUAUGCUUAAACAUUUCUACUUUAAUAUUAAGCACCGAUCUAGAUUGGAAGUAUCAAUAAGAAAUGAACUAAAUGACGCUUCUCUAGGAAGUAUCAGUAGCAAUGAUGCUUCGAAAGAUGGAUGUGAUGGAAAUACAGAUCAAAUAGCAAAUGUGUUGAAAAAUCUAAAGCACGCAAGAAUGGCCCAGUAUGAGUUGGUUACGGAAAAUCCAACGCAGGAUUCUGAUAUAAGAAUGGAGUCUGUGGAAAUAAAUUCGAAGGGUAACAGUGGAUCAGAUUUUUCUGAUGACUCGGAGGAAGAUGAACCGGAGUUGGAGGUUGGCACUGACUUGUGGGCGUACUUCGAGAAGGAGUCUGAUAGAUGGGUCAAGUGUUCCUUGUGUGGUCAGCGGCUUAAGCAAGACAUCGAUAAGUUAUAUAAACAUCUUAAGGAGGGACACUCUGUUGUUACUGGGAACAAAGAUGAGAACUAUACAGAGGUGAUCUAUCUAGAAGACCCAAUAGAGAGUCAAGAAGAGAGAGUUCUGAAGGAGGUUCAACCGAAGGGGCUGAAAAGACCUAGAAACGACGCAUCUGAAGUAGAAAUCAGCGAUUUUGGAUUAUACAUAACAAGUUUAUUGAAAGAUCUACCAAGGAAUGUGUGUGCGCAGCUGCAAUUAAAUAUAGUUGAUUUAAUAGUAAAAGCGAAACUAGAAGAAACCGGACCAGAUAAUAGUAUGGAGGUAGAUCGUGGAAAAGAUCCGAUAGAAAAUGAGAACCAACAGAACACCAAAACAACCAACCAACCAGAAAACCUAGAAAUAUCAACGGAAAGCCAAAAAGAAAUGCAUAAAAAAACUAACACAAUUCCAAAAAAACGGACGAAGCUAAAAAAUGACGCAGCACAUGAGAAUAUAAUUGAAAAUUUCGGAAAAUAUGUCGUAUGCCUGUUAAAAACUUUCCCGCGAACAGAUACCAAUACGAAACUUCAGAAGGACAUUGUUGAUCUCAUAAUGACAGCUCGGCUACAGACUAUGAAAAAUAGAUUGACAGAUGGCACCAUAGAUAAAUUAGGAAUCCGACGGGAUUUAUUUGUAGAAAUAAAAUAG